AUGGGGUGUUCCAGCAGCACCCAGACUCAGUCUCAGGAGAGCAGCCGGCCGGUGACCAAGACUGGAGUCACCAACGGACUGAAGCAAAGCGCGGCUUCAGAUGGAAACGCUUCAACCCCAUACAAAAAUGAAAUUUGCCUUGACAAGAAAAAGCAGUGUGCAAUAAAAGCUAGAGUUGAUGCUCAGGACAAAACAAGGCCAACCAAUAACCUCGGAGCAAAAGAGACGAUGGUUGUCAUGCCAGCAAUUGAUGGUGCUAGUUUUACCUGUGAAGAAGGAAAUGCUGGGGAGACAGGGUCUCCAGAUUCCAGAGAAAGAGAUCAAAUGGAAUAUCUGAGAUCAACAGAUAAAGCUAAAUAUCCACAGGCAUCUGAAGAGUCUGUGCCACCCACAUCUGCUGGAAAUAAUGAAACUCCAGGAAUAGAUGAAAAGGACAAUGAUGGGGAAAUUAAGAAUGGUACUCAGUCUGCAGGAAGAUUUGUUGAGAUUGAAAUAUUUGGAACUAUAAAGGAGAUUAAGCCACUGAGAAGUGAUGGAGAAGAAGAAACUCUGGAAACAGUAGAGUAUAGUCAGCAUCAGGGAAUGGCUCAAGAAGCUGAUCCCCAAAGAACAGCGGAGGAAACUAAACAUCUGGUAACAUCUGUAGAGACUGAACCUCAAGAAAUAGUGGAAGAAAUUCAGCAUGUAGAAACUGAGAGAGAGACAGGAAUGUUGGAGGAGAACAAUCAUGUGGAAAUAGCUGAAGAGACUGAAACUUCGGGAACACUGGAAGAGACUGAGCAUGAGGAAACAGCUGGAGAGACCAAACCUUCAGGAAUACUGGAAGAGUCUGAAUGUGAGGAGGAAACAGUUAUAGAGACUGAACCUUCAGGAACACUAAAAGAACCUGAACAUGAGGAAACAUCUGGGGAAACCAAACCUUCAGGAAUGAUAGAAAAAACUGAGCUUGAAGAAACAUCUGGAGAAACCAAACCUUCAGAAAAGAUGGAAAAGACUGAGCAUGAGGGUACUGCUGGAGAGACUGAACCUGCAGGAACAGUGGAAAAGAAGGCUCUGGUAACCAGUGAAAAACACACUCUUCUGGCAACAGUUGAAGAUAAUGAAUUUCCAGAAGUACUGGAGGGAGACCAGCCUCUUGAAGCUACUGGAAAGAAUAGAGUGGAGAAGACUCAGCAGGUAGAAACAGUUGAGGGAAAUAAACCUAAAAUAGCUGAAGGGACAGAGGAAAACAUGAAGCCACUAACGGAAGUAGACAGGGAAAUUCACAUGAAUGAAGAGGAUGAAGCAAUUGAAGGUGAGACGGGAGAAAGGGUGGAAACUGAGAUGCACAGUGAGAUAGUAAGUGAGGGGUCUGAAACAAAAGAAGAAGAAACGGGAGAAGCUGUGGAUACUACUGCAGCCACAGAGAUGGAGUUAACAAAUAGCAAGAAGUAAGAUCCAGAUGCUGCCUACUACACAGAUUCCACUCUUCAUCCUGUUCAGCUGUUUAAGUGAACAUCAUUUUACAGUGUUUUGAC